AUGGGCACGCUGUCGUCCCCAAUCGCAGAUCCUGGGAGCGUAUCUAUGGAACGACAGGACAUAUCUUAUACACGAACACUGCCGCCCAUAGCUCUCGAUCUGUCAAGCAUCCCCUUCCCGAAGCUCUCGUAUGCUGAAUACUUGACCAACACGGUGAUUGUGCACAUCGGUUCUCUCUACUCCAUAUUUGAUGCAGAUGUCUUUCUUCAAAGAAUGAGGAGAUUUUACGAUGACCGUGACAAAGCUUCGGAGAGUGGUGCAAGCCUAUGGCACAUUCAGAUGCUACUUAUACUGGCCUUUGGCAAGUCCAUACAGUCCAGAGAACACUCAGAGAUGGGCCCCUCCGGAAUGAACUACUUCAUACUCGCCAUUGAAGCUAUGCCGGAUAUUAGAAGGCUGUACGAGGAUCCUUUGUUGUCAAUUGAGGUUCUCUGUUUGGCUGCUUUGUUCAUGCAUGCGACCGAUCUUCUACAGGAGGCCUAUGUCACGAAGCUUUGA